CCACCCCUCGCUUCCUCUAACAAGGGAAGCCCCCCGCGCACGCACCGGCAGCAGUCGCGCUCGUGUCUCCGUGCGUGUGAGCAGGACCCUCAAUGUGUGUGUGGGCGCGCGUCCAAGCCCCGGGCUCCGUCCUCAACAGUUGCCACCGGAGCGGAGCAGAGGAGCGGAGGAGGAGGAGGAGGAGAGCCGGAGAGGCAGCAGACUGAGGACGGACGGACGGACACGCCGCUCUGCCCGGCUCUGCUCUUGACAUGCAGUCGCUCAUCUCUCCGGUGACCAAGGCCAUCCUAGUAGCGCUCUUCAUCUUCGCCAUCCUCCUCAUCCUCUACGUGAUCCUGUGGUACAUCUGCAGGGACGUGGACUGCGACCACGGCAUCUGAGGAUCCCCUUCCACACGGAGUCACCACCAACGAGACCCCGGACUCUCUUGAUGCCCAGACAAGAUGACAAGGUUGCCAUAGUGACAGGAGGAGGCAGGGGAAUCGGCUAUGAGGUUGCCCGGCACAUGGCCAAACUGGGGGCUCAUGUUAUAAUAGGUGGCCGGGAUGAGCAGGAAUGUCUGGCAGCCAUCAGAAGAAUCCAUGAAGAGCACCAAGAUGCUAAAGUGGAGUUUCAGAAACUGGACUUAGCCUCUUUGGAGUCUGUUCGCCAGUUCGCCCAGAAUUUCAAAGAACGUCAAAUACCCCUCAACAUCCUUGUCAAUAAUGCCGCUGUCAUGCUGGUCCCAGAAGGUCGCACCGUGGAUGGCUUUGAGCAGCACUUCGGUGUGAACUAUUUAGCUCACUUCCUGUUAACCUGGCUGCUCCUGGACACGUUAAAGAACAGUGGGAAUUCCAGCUGCUUCUCACGCAUCAUCACCGUCUCGUCCUCUGCGCACCGCGUUGGCGAGAUCAGACUCGACGAUUUGAAUAGCAGUCAGUGCUACUCAGCCCAUGGAGCGUAUUGUCAGAGCAAGCUGGCGCAGCUGUUAUUCAGCUCCCACCUCCACCAGGAGCUGCAGCGUGGAGGCUUUCCAGUGAGUUCGUGUGCUGUAGAUCCUGGCAUGGUGGACACGGAUCUCUACCAUCAUCUCUGGACACCGCUCCGGCUGGCGCAGGGGGCUGUCGCCCGCCUGCUUUUCAGGACUCCUGCAGAGGGUGCCGCCACCGUACUGUACGCUGCGCUGUCACCAGCACUGGAAGGGGUGCGCGCCGGUGGCUACUGGGCCAACGGCCGCAGAGAGAUGACGACACCACCGACGUUCGACCCGCUCCUGCAGCAGCGCUUGUGGGAAACCAGCCACAGGUUUCUGGUCACCCAGUAGCACCAGACUCUUCUAGAGACUUUAAACAUGGGCCACACGCCCGACGUCUUCUUUUUAUUUCUCCGUUCAGAGUUACGUUGACUAUUCCAGCCCAGAAAGUAGUUUUGGCAAGUUUUUGUUUCCGACAAAGAAGGGCUACAGUGGAUGAAGGGUUUGUGUUUACUGUGAGCUAACAAACACGCACACUAUCGAUAUAGGAGUCGCUAACAUUGAUCCCUAGUUAGACAACAUUUCACCAUAAGUUUCAGGAGCCUGCCAUCACACUUGCCUUAUUUUGUUUGUUUGACCAUCAAACAAUAUGAUUUUUUUAAUCAUUUUGAAAUUUUUUUAUGUAUUUUAUAUUGUACAGAAAUGACUUCCCCUUCAGCUGCACCUGUUUAUUGCAAACAUAUAUUGGAGUACCUUCCCGUCCACACAAAAACUGCCACUUUUGUUCCGAUAAUUGGUUUUACCGCGUGUCUGUGAUACACGUGUGCGUUUCAUACGCACACAAAAGAGCUACUGGUCUGCAUCCACGCUCAUGAAUAGCACAAUCGUCUGUCCUGAAGGUGCGAUGACAGAGGAUGAAAGGAGAAAGUGCUUUUUUUUUUUGCGCACUCACGGCACGAUUGGUUCCUUCUGCUGCCACGUUUCUCCUUUGGCGCUGAUCCCGGUGCAUUGUGGGGUAGAGAUUUCCCAGUGGUAGGACGCCGUCUGCAAAGCUGACACACACACACACACACACAUACACACAAUCACGUAAGGUACACGCGCCGGAAAACAUCAGGAGCAUGAAUCCAGGCACAGGCUUAUCGACACAAGCACACUGGAAAACAACCCGCCUGUUACUCGUGCUGGUUCACAAGCACGGUGCCAUGACGACAUCGCCACUGUGAUUUAACAAGUUUAGCUGUGAAGAUGAAAAGUUCUUCAUCACCGUUUCUGUGUUGAAAACUGCCAUGAUAAAGCCAGGAGCGCUUUAUGAAUAACCUAAAUAUCUGUGGUAUGUGAAGCAAUAUUAUCCUCGUGGACAGUAGCACGAAGUAAGGAAUAUGCCAGGCCCUCGCUUUUCUUGAUUCUUUCAAAUGCACUUUAUAUUGGAAGCAAAUCACUCUCACCAAACGUUGAUAGUUUUAUGGUGUUGAAUCUCUGUUGUUUUGACAUAUUAUUUUUCUCUCGUGAUUUUAGGCAUUAAAUUAAACAGUGUAUUUUAAUGCAUUUUGAAACACAUUUUCUUUGUAUUAUUAUGGUAUUAUUUGGUAUUAUUAUGAUGAUUUUUUUAAAUAAAAAAAAUCCAGGUCAAAUACUAGUACAUUCACUCUCCAAUCAGACUUUAUUUUUUUUACGAAAGAUUGUGAGCUGUUAUUUAAAACAAAAUAGGAAUUUAAGCUCUUUAUCAUCGAUCUCAAACAAAUAAAAACCAAUCUCAUGAAAGAAGUCUUUGACACUGGAGUGUUAAGAAUGUGUGUUGGGUACUGAAAGCUUGGAGCUCACCUAACCCUCGUAUUACAUUCUCUUACAUUGACUUAAAAAAAAAAAAAAAAAGAAAGCUAAAUUUGAAAAAGUCCUAAGCGAAAUUCAAUUUCAAACUCCGAUGAGACUGAUUUGCUUCCAUACCACUUCACCAUUACUUUGUGUGCGGAUGUGAGACACAAUGUCACGUCAGUAUUUGAUUUCCAGCCACAUUUGUUUCUGUUUUCUUUUGUUUCUAUGAUGAAAUUGAGUGUAUUUUAUUCGUACCAAAAGACUUGGCGAAGGGACAGAGCCCAAAACUGCGAGCAAAUAAUGCCACAUGCGAGUGAAUUUGACCAUAAAUAAAGAUUGCUAUGAUUUAUUCAACUUCAUUUCCAGCUUCUAGAGAGCGACAGAUUUAGUCCCAGUUUGGCUCCAACCUGUAAAUGACAUGUGAGAUGAGAAAGAACCUAUGAACAGUAAUAAUUCAAUUUCCCCCGAAUGAUAUCAUGCUUAUUGUUCUUGCAUAGCUGAAGCUAAAUUUUAAUUAAACCCCAAUUUUAAGCUGUUCUAAUAACGAUAAUUUGUCAUUAUGUUUGGUAAUUAAUUUACACAAUAUUGCUGAGGGAACUUGUGGCCAUGUGUAAUCAACAUCCAGAGCGUGUGAGCGGAAUUGGAAAUGAAUGCUACAUGUCAACAAGCGGCAACUCUCGCAUGCAAAGUAGUGACCCACCUUCAUUCUGUUCUUUAAAAACAUUGUCACGCAGGAUUGUGUUCUUGUCGCACAUUUUUGAAAACAUUUCUGCCCUGCAUUUGGGUCCCACCUUGUUCACUGCGACCUCUCCGUCGCAGAUCGCUGCAUCCAUGAAUGAAUGUUGCUCACUUUUUUUAAAUUAUUUUUCCACCUGAUUCAUUAGAAUUUUGGAAUGUAGCGUCAAAAACACGGGCGAGAUCCACAACUAUUCUGUUGUGUAAAUGUAGCGACUGAGCGUUUAGCCAUAUUUUACAAAGUUUGUUUUGUAAUGUCUUACCAUUACAAAAUAUAUAUUUUUAAAUUUCUAACACUGACGUUGGGGGCAAUAUAUAUAUAUAUAUAUAGCGGUGUAGCAGAUGCGUUGGAUGGACGCCUCCCUUCCCCGACUCAGUCCUGCCAAUCGUCUUGGAAAGAAACAUUGUUUAUCACUCAAGUGCUUCUUUUUUUUUUUUUUUUUCUUUGCUUGCUUUUCUCCCGUCUCCGUGGCAAGGAACUAGCUAAAUAACAACCCACCAAAUCGGAGUAAAUACCCGCCUCCCGUCUCAUGAGCCAAACACCAGCCUCCUCAACUCUCAUUUAGCAGGUGAGCUACCCUCGCUGAGUGGACGUAGUCACACUUUAAAAUAUGGACGGCUUCCUGUCCCAUCUGAGCACAUGAUUUCCCAAAGAUGAGGUGAGCAGGAGCUGGAGGUCUGGGUGUCCUUGGUGUGCAGAGGAGGGAUGCUAAAUAAUCAAUGAUUCCCUUGUUAUAUAUUUAGCAGACUCCUGAAGUGUUUUCCACUGACAGGGCGAUUCAGUGAACUUUCUCAACUUGAAUUUUUAAGAGUUAAAAAAAAUACAUAAAAAAUACUCUGUAACUGUCUUUGAUAUUGUCUGUAUGUGGAUAAGUCGUACGUUAUUAUUUCACAGCGUUGUCUGCGCUGACAAUGGACCCGUGAAGCUGUGCGUAGUAAUUCUUCCGACUGACCUGGAAUUACAUUUAUAUUAAAUGUUCCAGGACCGAUAAACGUGUAUAUGUAUAUGAGAGAACAUAUAAAGACAAGAGGAAGCCAGAUGAACUGAGUCUUAAAGAAGAUUUAAUUUCACCUUCACUCGCAGACGGCCUGUGUCCCACUCUGGCACGGCGUCACUUCUGUUGUGGUUUAGCAGGAGGACGCUUCCUCUCCUGAUCCGGUCCAUCUGGGCUCCUGUUGGAAUAAGAAAUGUGUGAAAUGUUAUAUUUUUUAUCAUGAUUUUUUUGCUCGUUGUUGAGAUACACAUCUUAUUGCUUUUGCUGUGCCUCAGAAAAACCUACAUACUUGUGCAACUGUGAACUUUCUCAUGUAGAACUGAAUUUGUAGAAGCUGUGAAAACGUCUCGUCUUGUCCUGUGCAUUGCCGUGAGGUUGGAAAAAGUGUGUGCGCGUGAGGAGUGUGCGUGUGGCUCUGCGUGAGAGUAGAUAAGGGAAAUUCAUGUUCAUGUUUUUUGUCGAUGGUUGUGACAUUCCAGGAGCAGCGAACACCUUUUCUAUUAUCCAAAGCCUCUCAAUAAACAUAUCAUUGUGCCAAGCUUCUGCUUUU